AACAGGGGAGGGGAGUGGAGAGCUCGAUCGAUGCGUGCGUGUGGACUUUCGUGGGAUCUCCAAAUCUCGAGUGGCAUUGCCGCCGUGUUGAUUGCGCUCCACAUUUCACUGGCGAUGGUACAGUAAAUCUCUAGUUCUUAGCCGCGGGGGAAGAAUGCUGGGGAAUAUUUAGGUGGCUGGAGAGCUCUGGGACACGAUCGAUUGAUCGCUUGAUUGAUUGAUUGAACGAAGGGAAAGGAAGAGGGGAAAGAAUCGCAGCUAGCAGGGAAAUGGGGAGGAGGAGGCUGCGAUUCAAGUUCACCAAUGUAAUCUCUAGAGUGUUCCUUCUCCGAGCGCAUCGCGUCAAGCCCGUGGCGCCAUCGUCAGUGGUAGCGCCGGCAGCGAGCAAGAAAUCUUCUUCUUCUUUCACCAGCGAUUCCAAUCGGGAAGAAGAGCCCGAGGAGGAGAGGAGUCUCAUCGCUCCAGCUCCCGCGAAGGCUAUGAAGAAGAACAGGAAGCCGGUGUUUGGAUACAGCUGCUGCUCGCGAGAGGAAGCGAUUGUCCGCGAGAAUUGCCAGUACAAGCGCGUCAAGGGAUUGAGCAAGAAGCCCGUUGGAGCAGCGAGCUCUCGAGCAGCGCCCAUGGUAGUCGCGUCUCGCCAGGAGGAGGAAAUGUGGGAGCGAGAGGGCUUGUGGAGCGUGAUUGCCGCAGUGGACAGUGGCAAAGUGGUGAAGAAGAAGGUGGUUCUCAAGAAGAGAAAGAAGAGCCAAUCCUCUCCAAGGCUGCUGAGAGCUCCCGCGAAUGCGGAGAUCUCCGCGAUGGAGGAACAAGGAUUGAUCGUCGGCCAGGCCGCGCGGGUUACUAGCGAUCCAUCUUCGUCGGAGAGGGAGAGGAAAGUAUCUUCCACGCAUACAUUCCGGCUGAGUACCUCGUCCGGGGAUGCCAGCUUGGGGCCGGAGGCUCUGGCGUGGGACAAGGAGCACUCUUUGUUCGCAAGCGACGACAGCAGCGCGCCCGGCUCGAGCAAGCUCGUCCACCGUGCCACGACUCUGGAGGACGAGCAGCGGCACGAAGCGAUCGAGGAGGUGGGAUUAAAGAAUCACGCGGGCCAGACUCCCAGGCCCAAGAAAUCUUCUAGCAGCAGUAGCGCAAGCACUAGCGGCAGCAGCGGCGGCGGCAGGAGGGGCCACCACCAUCGCCACCACCUCCACCACCAUCACAAUUCUUCUUUUCAUCUCUCGAGAAAUCACGCUAGCGGCAACAAGAUGACGGGAGCAUUGUCGGAGUUUGAUGAGCUAGGCUUGCUUCUAAGUUCGUCGUCAAAGAUGCCUCCUCCUCCUCCUCCUCGGUGCGAUGGCAAGAGGAUAUCAUCGGCAAGCUCGCUCGAAUCCAGCGCAAAGUUUUGGGAGGAUGGCCGUGAGGUGGCGAGCAAAGUUCUUCCAGAGUUUCCGAGGCACAAGGUUGGCGCGAGUGCUCCAGCUCUAGACGAUCACGCGCGGACGAAGAAGAAGAAGAAGCCCAAGGAUCUGGUGCGAGGGAAAGUCCGGGAGAGCGUCCCGGUGAUGCUCGUCUCCAGCAAUCCUUACGAGGAUUUCCGGCAGUCAAUGGUCCAGAUGAUCUUCGAGAAGCGGCUCAACAAGGCCGCGGACUUGGAGGAGCUGCUCGAGUGCUACCUCUACCUCAAUCCGCCGGGGUUUCACGAGGUGAUCGUGCAAGUUUUCACGGAUUUGUGGCUCCAGGCGUUGAGCACAGAGAAUCAGCAGCAGCAGAAUAUAUGAUGGGAAGCCCGAGAAGAAAAAGUUGGGAAAAAAGCAGCGUCGGCUCGAGGUGGUCAGUGAUACGAACGGAGCAAAGCGCCGCCUUGUCAGGUGAAAAAGAGCUCUUUUCCUACUGUUCUUCGCGGCUAAUCCAGCUUUAGAAGUGAAGUACGCUUUGGAUGAGAAAAGAAAAACGAGAUUUUUCUUAGACCACGUAUACUUGGUUCUCGAUCUCGUCCGUUUGGAAACUUUGGAACACUGGAAGCAAACGGGAUGAGCAAAGAAUGGAUGGAGAACAAGCAAGAAAGCUUCGUCAGCUCGUUCUUAAUUGCGGGUGAUGUUCACGAAACGGAACAGUGACGACGGCGAGAGAGUGGUGUAAAUUUCUCGCUUUCUUCUGGAAAUGGAAGAAGAUCAUCAAGGCGAGAGAAGAGACGCGAGGAGGGCCUGGAGACAAAUUGAUUGAGGAGCAUGGAGCCCCAGGAUUGAUGGUGUUCGAUCAGGAUUUGUCUUGCGGCUGGCCGCUGGUGGUGGUGGCAUUGAUUGAUCGCCAACUAGAACACAUACAACAAGCCAGCAAUUGCAAGGCGCCAAAUGGAAAGAACUAUGGCAGAGGAGGAGGAAGAGGAAAUCCAAAGAGGAGAAUUAAAAGCCUGAGCUCUGUGUCACUGACUGGAUACGUUACUGUCCAUCGAAUUUCUUCUCCCCAGAUGAGAGAACGUCUCGCCCAAAACUCGCUGCCACGCGAUAAAAGUUUUAGUUGUGAGCGAUC